AUGGCAUCUAGCUCAGGAAACACGGCAGCGCCCGAAGCAGGCACAAGGCCGGCGUUCAUACCGCUCGAGGCCAACCCGGAGCUGAUGACGGAGCUGGUGCACGGCCUGGGCCUUAGCAGCGCCCUGCAGAUGCACGACGUCUUCUCCAUCGACGACCCGGAGAUGCUGGCCUUCAUCCCGCGGCCCGCCCUGGCCCUGCUGCUGGUCUUCCCCGUCUCGGCCAUCUACGAGUCGCACCGCCUGGCCGAAGACUCGCUGCUGACCGACUACGCCGGCAAGGGCCCCGACGAACCCGUCAUGUGGUUCAGGCAGACCAUCAGGAACGCGUGUGGCAUGAUGGGCAUCUUGCAUGCCACCCUGAACGGCCCUGCCAAGAACUUUAUCGACGCCGGUUCAACCCUCGACAAGCUUAUGAAGGACGCCACGCCGCUCGAGCCGGCGGCGCGCUCCAAGCUGAUAGAGACCAACACCGCCCUCGCGCAACAGAACAAGGCGGUCGCCUCACGGGGUGACACAGCGGCGCCCGAGGCCACCGACGACGUGGACCUGCACUAUGUCUGCUUCGUCAAAGCGGAGGACGGCACGCUCUGGGAGCUUGACGGCAGGCGAAAGGGUCCCCUUGCGCGCGGUAAGCUCGGGGACUCGGAGGACGUGCUGUCCGAGAAGGCUCUUGUGCUGGGACCCCGCAAGUUCCUCGAGCGUGAGGGAGGGGACAUGCGCUUCAGUUGCGUGGCUUUGGCCCAGAGCAUGGAUUAG